AUGGUGCAACAACUACUCACAGAAGAUCUAAGUUAUUCAUUUGCAGUAAUUUUCCAAGAGGAAGCUUGGUUUGACUCAGUGAGUAUUCUGGAGUCUGACUCGGAUGAUGACUUUAUCAGUAUACAUGGAGAUGGUUUUCCAUUAGCAAGCAAUCCAGUUGGGAAUAUCUCAAGUGGCCAAGUACUUCAGCAUGAAAGAUCUGCUCGCUUUGUUGAUAAUGAGUGUAAGUAUGAAGAAUACCAAAGCUAUAUGAUAAUUGAUGGAGGUAAAUCAGAUAAAAUCACAGGCAAAGAUGAGCGCAGGGAAUCAAAUCAGUUUUCGCUUAUUAAUACCCAGGGCUAUGAGCUUUCUCACUUAGGGAAGGCUGAUGAAGUUUGCGGUAAGAGGAAGAAUAUAUUAGAUCACUCUCAUGGAAGCUUUAAAGGACUUAUAGAGGAUGGACGUGAUUCUAAUGAAAAUAUUCAAGACAAUGCCCUGAAAUCUGGCUUAUCUCGAUUGGUACCUUAUGUAAGUUUCAACGAUAAGAUUCUAAGUGCACUGAGUUUGGUUCCGCAGUCCCAGAGAAAGCCAUUAGCCGUUUUCAGACUUUCUUUUAAAGGAGAUCCUGUGAUGCACAAGAAACCAUUGAACAAUAUACAUCACAUUACUCAGCAUCCUGAGCUUCCCAAACUGAAAGCAAAUGGGAAAGUGUUCAUUGUAAACAUACAGUUGCCUAAUUAUCCUGCUGCAAUGUUUCUUGGUGAUAGUGAUGGAGAGGGGAUGAGUCUUGUAAUGUAUUUCAACGUUUCUCAGAAUUUUGAUAAAGACAUCUCUCCUCAAUUCCAGGACAGCAUCAAGAAAAUGUUUGAUGAUGAGACGGAAAACGUUAAAGGAUUCGCAAAGGACUCCACUGUACCUUUCAGAGAAAGACUAAAGAUCUUGACUUGGGUGGUAAAUCCUGAAGAUCUCAGUCGGAGUUCUGCUGAGAAAAAAUUUGUACAUGCAUAUAAUGACAAACCAGUUCUUUCACGCCCCCGGCACAAUUUUUACAAGCUCUCUCACAUGCAAGGUCCUAACUACUUUGAGAUUGACAUGGACAUUCAUCUCUUCAGCUACAUUCAAGGAAGGGUCUCAAAUUGUUGUGAGAACGUCUUUAAAAACGGAAUAGCCGAGCGGCUAUACUAG